AUGUCGCUUGCUCUACUUGAAGUCUCCGCUGCCGGCGAAGAUCUCGAUUCCUUCCACCUGGCCACGAUUCCGAGCCAUUCAGCAGACGUGCCCUAUUUCCUGCGCUCUCUGCACGAGGCAGGAUCUUCCGACCGAAACUUGCUCGCAGCAUCGCUCCUGGACGCGCUCCGAUCAGGUCUGCCUCUCGACAGCUGCGCCGCGCUUCUUUCUGCUGGCCUUCACACCGUGUACGUCGAUAGCCUGACGAGCGAGGACGUCUAUCGCAAUCCAAGGACAUCCUCCUUCACGUCCUCGCCGAGCGCUGACGUGCGCGGCCCGUCCGAUGGCGCAUUCCACUGCCCAACAGCUGCAAACGUUUCGCGAGAAGGUAGUCGCGGGUCCGAUCAGGCCAUAGGCAGCACGUCCGUCAUGACGCAGCUCGUUGCGCGGAACGUCGAACUUUGGGCGGUCAUAUGGUCCCAGCGCAGCCUCCCCAAGGGCCCCGCGAUGCGCCCUCUGCAGACGCGCCUUGGGCACACCGCGAUCCAUCGCUGGCAGUAUCUCCAGUACUCGCCGCUCGGCGUGGGCACGUUCCCCGGCGACAAUCCACUCGUCGCAUUGAUGACGCUGUUCUCGCACGCCCCGACGGAGGACAGGAACCAGCUCGUCCAGGAGGCCGUCGUGGACACUUUUGGCUCCCGGGCCUUCAUUCAGGGGCUCCAGCGCGCGUUGGACGAUCCUACGAUUUUGGAUGACAAUCUACAGCGCCGACCUUGA